AUGGCGCUGCCCCGGGGGCUCGUCCUGCUGCUGCUGCUGGGGGGGCGCGGCGCCGCCAUCGCCAUCCCCCCCGAGUAUUCGCUGCACGAGCUGCAGCAGCCCCCCGAGCUGACGGAGCAGCCCCCGGAGCAGCUGGUGGUGUUCCCCAGCGAUGACGUCAUCCUCAAGUGCGCCGCCACCGGCAACCCCCCGGUGCAGUUCCGCUGGUCCCGUGAGGGUCUCCCGUUCUCUGCGGAGCUCCCGGGGGUGUCGCUGUCCCCCGGGGGUGGCACCUUGGUCAUCAACGCCAGCCUGGCCGGGCGGCUGCAGGGCCGCUUCCGCUGCGCCGCCAGCAACGCGCUGGGCACGGCCCUGUCACCCUGGAGCCGCGUCAUCGCUGAGAACACGCCGCAGUGGCCCAAGGAGAAGGUGUCGCCGGUGGAGGUGGAGGAGGGGGACCCCGUGGUGCUGCCCUGCGACCCCCCCAAAAGCGCCGUGCCCCCCAAGAUCUACUGGCUCAACUCCCGGAUCGUGCACAUCGCUCAGGACGCCCGGGUCAGCAUGGGGCAGGACGGGUUCCUGUACUUUGCCAACGCUCAGGUCGGGGACAGCCACCCCGAUUACAUCUGCCACGCCCAUUACCUGGGACCCCGCACCAUCAUCCAGAAGGAGCCGCUGGACCUGCGAGUCACCCCCAGUAACUCGGUGCAGUCCCGGCGGCCCCGCCUGGUGGUCCCGAGGGACCCCCAACCCACCCACGUGGCUCUGAGGGGGGAGACCCUGGUGCUGGAGUGCAUCGCCGAGGGGCUCCCCACUCCCUGGAUCUCCUGGCGGAGGCUGAACGGGCCGCUGCCCCCGGGCCGGGCUGUGCUGGACAAUUUUAACAAAACCCUGAGGCUGCGCUCGGUGUCCGAGGCCGACGAUGGAGAGUACGAGUGCACGGCCCAGAACGGACUGGGCAGCACACGGAGCAGCCAGCUGGUCACUGUGGAGGCUGCCCCGUACUGGGUGCGCCGGCCCCAGAGCGGGGUGUUCGGGCCGGGGGAGACAGCGAGGCUGGACUGCGCCGUGGGGGGCAAACCCCGACCCCAAAUCGCCUGGAGCAUCAACGGGGUCCCACUGCAGGAUGUGCCGGACUCGGGGCGCCGGCUGCUGCGGGACGGGGCUCUGGUCCUGUCCCACCUGGAGCCCAACGACUCCAUGGUCGCCCAGUGCGAGGCCACCAACAGCCACGGGCGGCUCCUGGCCAACGCCUUCGUCUACGUCGUGGAGCUGCCGGUGCAGAUCCUGAGCCCCAACUCGUCGCUCUACGAGCUGGUGGAGAACCAGACGGCGUUCCUGCACUGCCGCGCCUUCGGAGCCCCCGCGCCCACCGUGGAGUGGCUGGGCCCGCGGCAGGAGCCGGCUCUGGAGGACGAGCGCGCCUUCGUCUUCACCAACGGCUCCCUGCGCCUGGGCCCGCUCGGCCGGGGGGACUCGGGGGGCUUCACCUGCCGAGCCCACAACGCCCACGGCAACGCCAGCGCCCACGCCCAGCUCCGAGUCUGGGGGGCCACGCGGAUCCAGGUGCCCCCCCAGAGCGUGAGGGCCAAGAAGGGCGAGACGGUGACGUUCACCUGCGGGGCCACCUUCGACCCCGGCCUGGAGCCCCGCGGGCUCCUGUGGCUGCGAGACGGGACCCCCGUGCUGGAGACCCCCGACAGCGACAAGUUCUCGGUGGCCGGGGACUCGCUGACGGUGGCCGGGGUGGAUUACGGGGACCAGGGCCGGUUCCGCUGCCGCGCCUGGACCCGGCUGGACGCGGCCGAGGCUGAGGCCGAGCUCAGGGUCGUGGGCCGGCCGGGCCCCGUGCGGGACCUGCAGGUUCUGGAGGUCGGGGAGCGCCAGGUCCGGCUGAGCUGGACCCCGGGGGAGGAUCACAACAGCCCCGUGGAGAAGUUCGUGGUGGAGCAGGAGGAGGGGAUUUUCUCCCCCGGCCGUUUCGAGGAGCUGCUGACGGUCCCGGGGGGGCGUCCCUGGACCCCCCUGACCCUCUCCCCCUACGGCCGGUACCGGUUCCGGGUCCGGGCGGUCAACGGCUUCGGCCGCGGCGAUCCCAGCGUGCCCAGCACCGAAAUCAGCACCGGCCCGGCCGCCCCUGAGCGAUACCCGAUGGGGGUGAAGGGGGAGGGGAACGAGACCAACAACCUGGUGAUCACCUGGCAGCCGCUGCCCCCCGGGGACUGGAACGCCCCCGAGCUCCGGUACCGGGUCCAGUGGCGGCCGCUGGGGUCGGGCCGGGGUCUCUGGGCCGAGGCCACGGUCGGGGACCCCCCCCUGGUGGUCCGGGACACCCCAACUUUCAGCCCCUACGAGAUCCGGGUGCAGGCGCUGAACGAGGCCGGGAAGGGCCCCGAGCCCCCCGUGGUCAUCGGCUACUCCGGGGAGGAUCUGCCCCUGGUGUACCCCGAGAAUGUCGGGGUGGAGAUCCUGAACAGCACCAGCGUCCGCGUCAGCUGGAGCCUGGGGGGAGCCGAGCGCGACCUGCGGGGGCACCUCAGGGGCUUCCGGGUUCUCUACUGGCGCGAGGGGUGGGUGGGGGAGCGCUCCCGGCGCCAGGCCCCGCCCCCCCCCGGGACCCCCGGGACCCCCGGGACCCCCGGGACCCCCGGGACCCCUCCCCAGCCGGGGGUGCUGACGGUGCCGGGCGAGGCCAGCGGGGCCGUUCUGGGGGGGCUUCACCCCUGGAGCCGCUACCGCCUGCAGGUGCUGGUGUUCAACGGGCGGGGGGCGGGACCCCCCAGCGCCGAGAUCCGGUUCCACACCCCCGAGGGAGUGCCGGGCCCCCCCGAGGAGCUGCGCGUGGAGCGCCUCGGGGACACCGCGCUGGGCCUCGAGUGGCGGCGGCCGCGACACCCGAACGGAAUCGUCACCGGCUACGUGCUCCAGUACCGGCUGCAAAACCAAACCGAGGGGGAGUUUCCGGAUGAGAUUUCGUUCCCCGCGGGGACCCUGAACACGACCCUGGUCCGGCUGCAGCCCCGGGGCCGGUACCGGCUCGAGCUCCGGGCUCGGACCCGCCGCGGGCUCGGGGCUCCCCUCGUGCGCCUCGGCAGCCUCGCCCCCGAGCCCGUGCUGCCGGUUUUGGGGAGCGUCGGUUUUGGGGAGGUGGGCGAGGAUUUCACCGUCCUGCGCUGGACCCUCGCCCAACCCCAGGCCAACAUCGAGUUCGAGGUGGAGUACAUGAGCAAAACCACGGAGGAGCCGUGGAGAUCCUCGGGCCGGGCCAACUCUUCCCUGGGUCGGUACCGGCUCGGGGACCUCCGGCCCGGGACCUCGUACCGGGUCCAGUUCGUGGGACGGAACCACUCCGGGGAGCGAGUGGCGUUCUGGGAGAGCGAGGUUCACACCAACGGCACCUUGCUGCCCCGCCCCGCCGGAGGUUUCGCCACCGAGGGUUGGUUCAUCGGCUUCGUCAGCGCCGCGGUUCUGCUGCUCCUCCUCAUCCUCAUCCUCUGCUUCAUCAAACGCAGCAAGGGGGGCAAGUAUUCGGUGAAGGACAAGGAGGACACGCAGGUGGACUCGGAGGCGAGGCCGAUGAAGGACGAGACUUUUGGGGAGUACCGGUCCCUGGAGAGUGACGGCGAGGAGAAGGCGUCGGGCAGCUCGGGGGGCUCGGUGUGCGCGGCGGGCGCGGCGCUGGGCAGCGAUGACAGCCUGGCCGGCUACGGCGGCAGCGCCGAUGUCCAGUUCAACGAGGACGGCUCCUUCAUCGGCCAAUACAGCGGCACCCGCGGCACGGCCGGCGGCAGCUCCGGCCCCGCCAGCCCCUCGGCCGCCGCGCCCCUCGACUGACCCCCAGCCAGCGGGGACAGCGGGGGGACAGCGGGGGGACAGCGGGGGGACAGCGGG